AUGCCUCCUUGGGAGGACUGCGUGUCGUGUUUUGACAGGUUUUUCACGUCGGUGCCGCUAAUUGAGCGUCUUCUGAAGCAAGGAAUGUUCGGUCACGGUACUGUUAUGACGAACCGAAUAAGGACAACCUUGAAGUCUGAUAAAGAGCUGCUUGCUGAUGGGCGCGGAUCAAGUCAUGAGAAGGUGAGCGCUGACAGCAAAAUGGUUGUGGUUAAAUGGAUGGACACGAGGUCAGUUACGCUGCUGUCCUCGUGUUGUGGCACCGAACCAGUGGACAUCACAAAGCGAUACGACAAGAAGCAAAAAAAAUAUGUUGAAGUAGAAAGGCCAGCGUGCGUCCAUUUCUACAACAAUCACAAGGGUGGAGUAGACCUGGACGACUUCCUGAUCAGCCUCUACCGCAUAAGAAUAAAGACUAAAAAAUGGUCUGUUAAGGUCAUCUUUCACUUCACUGAUCUCGCUUUGGUGAACAGUUGGCUCAAUUACAAGGAAGACACCAAAGAGGCAGGCUACACAAAGAGCCAAGUGCUGCAUCUGCUAGACUUCAGGAUGCAGGCAGCAGAAGCUCUUAUCAGAGGCUCCGAAGAAAGAAAACGCCGUGAACGGCCAUCUGCGAAUGCUAGUGGUCAUUCUGAACACCACCACAGGGCUGCCGUCCAAAUUCCCGGACCGGACGUUCGUUUUGAACAAGAAGGUCAUUGGCCGGAUCCGUAA